AAUAAAAAAAAAAAAAAAGAUCCAGUCGAAAAUGGCUGCCUCUCUAAACCUCUGCCUAAGGAUUAAAUGAGCAUGAACUGAAUAAAAUAUGAUUCCGACAUCGCUGUCCAGCGUCAAGACAAUGGCCAUGGCCGCCAGGGUGUAGUUUGUGCGCCAUCUUCACAAAGAUGUGGCUGCCAGAGAAGAGAAACGUAUGCGUUCCGAAAUUAACCCUUUCCUUCUAACAUCCACCAAGAGAAAAAAGUUGUGUUGCAUCGCUAAAAGGCCAGCUGGCUACAUCAAAAAAAAUGAUGCAUCAAGUGACCAGCAGCAACAGUGACUAUUGUAUGAGUGGACUGGCCGAGGACUGCCAUCCAGCCGGCCACUUUGAUUUAUGCACCACACAAUCCAGCAAAUUCUACCCUUCUCCCACCACCUCUGGUUUGCAGCUGUCCCUCGCCGGCUUAGCCCCUUUACCGCAGGGCAUGCACAAAGCCAUGGUGUGUCAAAUCCAAGACACCCAGAACAACUUCCAGCCUCAGACGGUGAGAAUCCGGGGCAGUGAGGCUGCAGGGGCCGAGGGCUCGAAGAAGAAGAAGGGCAUAGUGAAGUCGGGGCGCCGAGGGAGGCCAUCGGGGACCACAAAGUCAGCUGGUUAUCGUACAAGUACUGGACGUCCACUUGGGACAACUAGAGCGGCUGGGUUUAAAACCAGCCCGGGGAGGCCUCUUGGUACCACCAAAGCAGCGGGAUAUAAGGUCAGUCCCGGGAGGCCCCCCGGCAGCAUCAAGAGUCUAGCCCGGCUCAAGAAGAUGGAGUUUGAUUGUGACGGUGCCAAGAAACUGGACUUCAGCCAAUGCGGUGUUCCCAAGAAACUGGACUUUAGCCAAUGCAGUGUUCCCAAGAAACUGGACUUCACUAGCUGUGAUGUUCCGUCUUUUCCAUUCCCUAUGAUGGAGAAAAGACCCCUUGGCGAAUCCAGUGGCAAAGUGGAUGAAACCAGCGAAUAGAUCUGCAGCUUACGCCCCCGGUGCUUGGAAAAACACUUGAGUGGAUGCGCAAAAUGUUUCUCACAAAUCUUGGAGAAAAUAACUAUUUGAUGUUCAGAAAUGGCUCCGAAUGAGUGUUUCUACCGUGUUUGACAUUUUCUUCAUCCUCUUAUAAUAAAAGACUAUUAAAAGUGUAAUUCCAGUUUGGCAGAAAUGCAUGCAUAUGAAAUACUCAAGAAAAGCACUUCACUAUGGCGUGACUCUUUUUUUCCCUCAAGCAUUUUGUGCAUUUUGUGUGUGACAUAUAAUUAUUCUCCGCCUGUUCAUUUCUAUGGCUGGUGUCCUUAUUACAUAAUUAGAGAUGUAAGUACAGCCAGUCAAAUCAGCUUUUCCCCAACUCUAACUAUGUGGAUGUAUAGAUGUCCUUUCUGUGUUUUCAAGUUUAAUAUGUGUUUUAUUUUGUAAUACUAUCAUACCUAAAAUAAGACUGCAUUACAUUUUUAUUUUGCUUAAAUAAUUUCAGUCAAAAAAAAACUUUUGUACACAGUAUUUCUAAUUUUGGCACUAUGUGAAUAUAGUUUUUACUAUGUAUUGUGACGGCCUUUUUUCGUCCCCAAACUCACUUGAUAAGCGCUUCCAGACGUACCUGUAUGUUGUUAUUGCUGUUAACUAGGAAAGAAAAUACUCUAUAAAACAUGUUCUUCUUUCUGAUCUAUGUAAUAAAUGGAAAUGUGUGUGAAGCCAAAAUAAAAGAAGUAGUCUUUUCCACGUAA